CGCCGCCGCACAUUCUACUGUCAAAACGCGGAUCAUGAUCUGAUUCACAAACACGGACGCGCCUCUACCAAAGUCCUUCUGCCUCUACUGUCAAAAUGCGGCUCCGCGACACACCCGUAUCGGAUACGCAGACGCGGACGCGCCAUCAUUCCAACGGACGCACGGCCAGCACAGCAUAAUUUUGAGCUCGCAAAGUGUGUCCCAGCUUCAAAGCUCCCCUAUCAUCCGAGGAACUGCUUCGAAGCAGAGGAUGACUCAUGGAACAGCACCAGCACCCGCACUCUCACCACCUCCUGAAGCGCCAAGAUCCAGCGUAGCAAGGCAUGGAGGAAUAAACCAUGAUGCCCCCUGCUCUGGUGUGUCCCAGCUUCAAAGCUCCCCUAUCAUCCGAGGAACUGCUUCGAAGCAGAGGAUGACUCAUGGAACAGCACCAGCACCCGCACUCUCACCACCUCCUGAAGCGCCAAGAUCCAGCGUAGCAAGGCAUGGAGGAAUGAACCAUGAUGCCCCCUGCUCUGCGUUUGAGGUCCAGAAAUUGACGCUGCUCCAGAAAAUCGUUCACCAGAACGAGCAGAUUCUGGCUAAAUUGGAUUUCCUGGCAAGCCGCCAAAAUUGCCCCACGCCAGAGAUGACAGGACCUGAGAUUUCCAACGUUCAAUUUCCCCUGGAGGACCUACAGGCAGUAGAUGCCUUUGAAGAUCUACUUAAAGACCAGGCCAAUGCCUCCACUCGACAGCAAAUUAUAUCUUCUUUAUCGAUAAUCGGAGGCCAGGACCUGAAGAGGAUAACCUGGAACAUCCUUGGUCGAAUAUUCGGGGUUGCUGUGGCCCACCAGAUAAACUGGAAGGGGGUGAAUUCAAAGAGGGCUUUCAGCCGGAUGGCCAUUAGGCCUCUUCUUUUCUGUGCCGUGAGGAAAAACCCAAUUGCCUGCAAGUCUGCAAUGGACGAAGACAUCAGCAAGCACGCCAUACGUUGGUUUAAUUUAGCUGGGGAUCGGGCCACCAGGAAGGCGAAAGAGAUCAACAAUCAUUAAAUACAAUACAUUAAAUACAACAGU